UCUUGUCCUCCCUAUUCCCCUCCCCUCUCCACCCCCAAAAACACCUUUAUCAGCUUGAAGCCAUGCACAUGUGGACAGUGCAUUGGUAGCAGUGGACAGCAUGACAACUACUGAGUCUAAGUCCGAGCUCUUCACCAUAGCCAGUGUGGAGUCCGCUCAGAGCCAGAAAGAGCAGGCCAGUUCCAUGGGCUUCUUUGAGCGCUACGUGCAGCCGUGUCUGGCGGAGCUGCUGGGCUCCACGCUCUUCAUCUUCGUGGGCUGUGUCUCAGUCAUCAGCAACGUUGGUGUCACAGGCAGCAUCCAGCCUGCGCUGGCACACGGACUGGCGCUGGCCAUCACAGUCGCAGUGUUUGGAGAGAUCAGUGGGGGUCACUAUAACCCAGCUGUGUCUGUGUGUGUAUACCUGCUGGGGGGGAUGGAGCUGGUCCUGCUUGGUCCGUAUGUACUUGCCCAAAUGUUUGGUGGAAUGAUUGGAGCUGGUCUUGCUAAAGCCAUCUCCCCAUCAGCUGAAUUUUAUAAUGCUUCUGGUGCUGCAUUCAAUGCAGUCAAGUCUAGUGGUGACAUCGGGCCUGUUACUGUGGCCGAGAUGGUGAUGACCCUCUUCCUGACCAUGGUGGUCAGUAUGGGUGCUGUGAAUGGGAGGACUAAAAGCCAGCUGGCUCCAUUCUGCAUUGGCCUUACAGUGACUGCCAACAUUCUGGCUGGUGGUAUGAUCUCUGGAGCCUGUAUGAAUCCAGCUCGAGCGUUUGGGCCAGCAGCAGUGGCUGGUCACUGGGACUCUCACUGGGUGUACUGGGUUGGACCUUUGGCUGGUGCUCUUCUGACUGCCAGCAUUGUUAGGUUAUUGAUGGGUGACAAGAAGACUCGUGUCAUAUUAAAAUGAGAAGGCUGCCAUCUGUGAGGAUCAUUCAUGAAUGAUGCAACACUUAAACAGAUAAUGCUGACACACUGCCAAAACGUAUGUAUUGGCAAGUGAAAUCAUCUUAAAUCUAGUUAACAUAUCUAAUAUUUCUCAUUAGGAGAUUGCUGCAACCAGUGUUGGGUAGUAACAGACUACACAUAAUAUGAAUUACUUAAUCUGAUUACAAAAAUCAAGUGCUUGUAUUCAGAAUAGGUUACCUUUGAAAAUGGCCCUAAUCAGAUUAUAGUUACUUUUUUAUGCAAUACAUUUUUGAUGAGGCAGCAUAAAUAGAUUUUUACAUCGUAUGGCCAUAAACUGCAUAAUAGCUCUAUCACUAUGACUGAUAAUAAAAGUUAAGUUGUUUUGGGAGAAGAAAAAAAUUAAAUUGAACAUCCUGAAACCUUUUAACCAAUUAGGCAGUGAAACUAAAUGCAGUGGAAAUAUUCAAAGAUUAAACCUAAACUUAAACUAUAAAGAAUUUUACACUGAACACUGAAAUUUAGUCCAAGAAUAAGAUUAAUCCAUGUCCAGGAAACUGGAACCAUAAAAUUACAGUAAAAGAUUAUGCAACUGAUUAUGUUUUUAGUCAAGUAAUUUGUACUGGAUUAUCUGAUGCAUUUGUAAUGUAAUUUGUAACACUGCUUAUAAAGGAUUACUCAACUCAUUUUUAGACAUUUCUACUUAUUCUGAGCAGUUUUAUGUGGUGAAAAUAUAUUAUUCCAUUGUCAGAUGGAAUAGGAUAAUUAAAAAAAAGCUUGUUUCAUGCAUUAUCUCUUGAAACAAGCAAAAUUAUCUGUCAAGAGAAUAAGAAAAUUUCACUAGAUAAAAUUAAUAUAUUAAUGAUAUAAAAAACAAUAAUAUAAUACAACAUCUCGUAAUGAGAAAUAUUAGCUAUUAACUACAUUUAAGAUUAAUUUACUUGCCAAGAUAAUUUUUGCAUUGUAUAUUCAUCUCUCUCUCUCUCUCUCUCUCUCUCUCUCUCUCUCUCUCUCUCUCUCUCAUAAACUGACUGUAACAAGUUAACAAGUGUACAUUAGGUAUGUGUAAAACUCUUUGUGUUUCUUCCAAUCUCCUGUAAAAACAACCAAGUUUCUUCCAUUUAAACUAGAUUCUCGAGAAAGGAUCCCUAUGCAGGUUUGUGUUUUGUAACUGAUGAUUGUGUCAAAUAAAGCUUUUUACUUUUGUUAGAUAAUAA